CUGACCAUGGAACGGAUUAACAUCAGUGUGGCCAGUGCUCCCCUGGUGAAGCACACUGCUGGAGCUGGCCUCAAGACCAGCAGACCCCGAGUCAUGUCCAAGAGUGGACACAGCAACGUGAGAAUCGACAAAGUGGAUGGCAUAUACUUGCUCUACCUCCAAGACUUGUGGACCACCGUCAUCGACAUGAAGUGGAGAUACAAGCUCACCCUGUUUGCUGCCACGUUCGUGAUGACCUGGUUCCUUUUUGGUGUGAUCUACUAUGCCAUUGCCUUCAUUCAUGGGGACUUAGAACCCAGUGAGCACACUUCAAAUCACACCCCCUGCAUCAUGAAGGUGGACUCCCUCACGGGGGCAUUUCUCUUUUCCCUGGAAUCCCAGACAACCAUCGGCUAUGGAGUCCGUUCCAUCACAGAGGAAUGCCCUCAUGCCAUCUUCCUCUUGGUGGCUCAGCUGGUCAUCACCACCUUGAUUGAGAUCUUCAUCACGGGCACCUUCCUGGCCAAAAUUGCGAGACCCAAGAAGCGGGCGGAGACCAUCAAGUUCAGCCACUGUGCCGUCAUCACCAAGCAGAACGGGAAGCUGUGCUUGGUGAUCCAGGUGGCCAACAUGAGGAAGAGUCUCCUGAUUCAGUGCCAGCUCUCAGGAAAGCUCCUUCAGACCCACGUCACCAAGGAGGGGGAGCGAAUCCUCCUCAACCAGGCCACCGUCAAAUUCCACGUGGACUCCUCUUCCGAGAGCCCCUUCCUCAUCUUGCCCAUGACCUUCUACCACGUGCUGGAUGAGACGAGCCCCCUGAGAGAUCUCACCCCCCAAAACCUUAAACAGAAGGAGUUUGAGCUGGUGGUUCUCCUCAAUGCCACGGUGGAGUCCACCAGCGCUGUCUGCCAGAGCCGCACAUCUUACAUCCCAGAGGAGAUCUACUGGGGUUUUGAGUUUGUGCCUGUGGUUUCUCUCUCAAAAACCGGCAAAUACGUGGCUGAUUUCAGUCAGUUCGAGCAGAUCCGGAAGAGCCCAGACUGCACCUUUUACUGCACAGAUUCUGAGAAGCAGAAACUUGAGGAGAAGUACAGGCAGGAAGAUCAGAGGGAAAGAGAGCUGAGAACGCUUUUGUUGCAACAGAGCAACGUCUGA